AUGAAGUGGCAUCGGCAACAGGUGGGCGUUGGGGUUGCUGUUCGAGGGAUUGAGAUUAAGAAUGCUGCAAAAAGGUUAAGUACACAAAUAGGGAUUACCAACUUUGCUGCAAGUGAUGGGUGGCUUUUCCGAUUUCGUACUCAGUAUGGGUUAAGGAAAACUAAAAUGUGUGGAGAGGCUUCAAGUGCUGCUGCUGAAGAUGUGGCCCCUUUUAGGCAGAAACUGCUUAAGAUAAUGGAGGAAGAGGGUUUGAUUUACAGCCAAGUUUAUAAUUUUGAUGAAUCCGGGCUUGUAUGGAGAGCAAUGCCUAACACAAUGCAAGCUUCUAAGGAUAUGGGGAAUGUGCGGGGGCGGAAGCUAGACAAAUCAAGAAUUUCAGUGCUUGUGGGUGGUAAUGCUGAUGGUAGCCAUCGGUUGGUGCCUGUGGUCGUUGGCAAAGCUGCCAAGCCCAGGGCAAUAAAGGACAUUAUGAAUAACUUGCCUGUUCAUUAUUACCACAGCCAUAAUGCUUGGUUUACUGCUGCCGUAUUUACUGAUGUUUUCCAUAAGCACAUCGUGAGAGAGAUUGUUGACCAUCAAUGUCAUGCCCUUGAAAUUGAGGAGGAUCGUGUUAAGGCAUUGAUCCUCUUAGACAAUGCCCCCGCUCACCCUGUUGCAAAUAAGUUGGUGGCGCUUGAUGGCCGUAUAAAGGUGCUGUAUGUCCCACCAAACACCACGUCACUCAUACAGCCUAUGGAUCAGGGGGUAAUUCAUGCCUGGAAAUUGGGCUAUAAGAGGAACUUCAUGGAUGAGGUUUUGGUAGUCGAAGAGACUGAGGAGGACACUCAAGGUGCACGCACGUUGGAGGGCUUGAAAAACUACACCUUUAAAAGUGCAAUUUACAACCUUGCAGAUGCUUGGAAUUCAAUGAAGAUGUCAACACUCGCCAAUGCAUGGAAGAAAAUCCUAUUUGAUGCAGAUGUACCUGUGGUCAAUUUUAAGGGUUUUGAGUCACAUGAUUUCAUUACACGAUUUCCCAAGGCUGGGGAGAAGGUUAGUGAAGAAAGCCUGGAGGACUGGCUUGGUAUUGAUGAAGCUGAGGAGGCAUCAGAAAUUCUCACUGAGGCUGAAAUUGUUGAUUGCGUGUUAUCUACUGACAAUGCCGAUGAGGAGGAAAAUGAAGAUGAAAGGCCAAAGAAGAAAGUAUCAUUGGCCAAAGGCCACUUUUACUGUGAUGAGCUGCUAACCCUCAUCAGUGAGCGAGAAAAAGAAAUGCCAAAGGAAGCAUACGAACAUCUGCGCAUUGUCAGGCGUGCGAUCAUUGACCUCCAACACAGCUCAGAAAAACAGCUGAAAAUUUAUUCGUUUUUUUGUCCAAAGACUCCUACACCUCCUUCAACUUCAAUUGCCAGUCCUACACCCUCCACAUUAUAA